UCUCUCCUCGGUUUCGCACCCUCACUAUAAAAUCACCACUCUCCAUUGGCCCAUUCCAUAGUCUUUCUCUCUCCUCCGCCAUUGCUGUUUUUUCUCUCUCCAUUCGAGCUUUUUUAGUGUUUUCUCUCUCUUAAUGGCGAACACUAACUCUGUCUCUCACGCUCAGCAGCUCCCUUGCGAUGGCGAUGGAAACUGCAUGCUGUGUAAAAAGAAGCCAUCGGAGGGGGAGAAGCUAGUGUGUAACACAUGCGUAACUCCAUGGCAUGUGGAAUGUCUCGUUUUGAAGCCGAAAACCAUGGCUUCCACUGCUCAAUGGGAGUGCCCUGACUGCUCCCCGACGGCGGAGGACGCGGUUGUGUCUGCGGCGGUGGUAGUUACUGGCGCUGCUGGUGAAUUGGUGGCGAAAAUUAGGGCGAUCGAGGCGGAUAAGACCUUGUCUGAGCCAGAGAAGGCGAAGAAACGUCAGCAGUUGCUGAGUGGGACUGGAUCCGGUGCAAAGGAGGAUGAAGUAAAGGCGAAAGAUGAUAAUGAAAUCCUUCAAAUUCUUGGCGAUAAUAUCAAAUGUUCCUUCUGUAUGCAACUUCCUGACCGCCCUGUCACUACUCCUUGCGGGCAUAACUUCUGUUUGAAAUGUUUCGAAAAAUGGGUGGGUCAAGGAAAAAAGACAUGUGCGAAGUGUAGGGAAAAGAUUCCUGACCUAAUGGCCAAGCAACCCAGAAUCAAUUCUUCUCUUGUUUUUGCAAUCAGAAUGGCAAGGACGUCCAAACCUACUGUUAUUGCGGUGCCUAGACAGUUUCAACGUGUGCUCAAUGAGGAUCUUCCCGAUAAAGCAUUCACAACAGAAAGGGCUAAAAAGGCAGGAAUUGCAAAUGCUAAAAGUGGAAGGAUAUUUGUCACAAUCCCACAUGAUCAUCUUGGACCUAUUACUCCCGAGUAUGAUCCAUCUCGAAAUGUAGGAGUGGUGGUUGGUGACUGCUGGGCUGAUCGCAUGUCAUGUAGGCAGUGGGGUGCUCACUUCCCGCAUGUUAGUGGUAUUGCUGGACAAGCUAAAUUUGGGGCACAAUCAGUAGUUCUUUCCGGAGGAUAUGAAGAUGAUGAGGACCAUGGGGAGUGGUUCCUCUAUACUGGAAGUGGGGGUCGUGAUUUGAGUGGAAAUAAGCGUACAAGCAAGGAACAGACACAUGAUCAAAAGUUUACAGCUGGAAAUGAAGCUCUUAGGACAAGUUGCAGAUAUGGAUACCCUAUUCGUGUUAUUAGAUCAUUCAAAGAAAAACGCUCCAAUUAUGCACCAGAAACUGGGGUUCGCUAUGAUGGUAUCUACAGAAUUGAGAAGUGUUGGACCAAGUUAGGGACAACCACAGAGAAAAAUGUUAAAAAAGAGUCCCCACAUCUAGUCUGCAGAUACUUAUUUGUUAGAUGUGACGACAGCCCUGCACCAUGGACAAGUGAUGAUCAUGGUGAUCGACCAAGACCAUUGCCUGACGUUCCAGAGCUAAAGAAGGCAAAGCAUCUGACAGUUAGGAAGGAAAGCCCCCACUGGGACUUUGAUGUAGAAGAAGGCUGCUGGAAAUGGAAAAAGCCUCCGCCAACCAGCAAAUUCUUCAAGGAGAAGAAAACUGGAGGUUCUGCUCGUUCAAAGAAAAGCUCCCAAGCAAAAAUUUUGAAGGAGUUUAGCUGCUUACUUUGCCGUAAGGUGUUGACUCUUCCAAUAACAACUCCAUGUGCUCAUAACUUCUGCAAAUCUUGUUUGGAUGGAGCAUUUGAGGGCCAAAAGUUUUUAAGAGAAAGAAAAGCAGGUGGACGGUCACUUCGAACCCAGAAAACUGUCAUGCAAUGCCCUUCAUGCACAACAGACAUCUCUGAGUUUCUUCAAAAUGCCCAGGUCAAUCGGGAGUUGGUGGGAGUGAUAGAUUCAUUAAUGCGGAAGUUUGAAGAGGAGAAAGCAGGUAGUGAGGAGAGCUCUGGUGACCUAGAAGAGGAUGAGAUUUUGGGUGAAGAUCCUGAUAUCAGCACCUCAGAUAUUGAAGAGGAUGAAAUAGUUUCAGCUGAGAAAGAAACUGACACAGUAAUUGAGGAACCCCAAGGUGAGAAAGGAGACCUUGAUGAAAGUGGCUGUGAGAAUCCAGAUGAAGUGAUGGCUGAGCCUGCAGCUGCCAAGAAACGAGGCCGGCCAAAGAAAAGUAAUGUUGCUAAUGGCGCUGCUGUCAAACCCCAAGGCGAGAAAGGAAACCUUGAUGAAAGUGCCAGUGAUGAAAUAGAUUCAGCUGAGAAAGAAACUGACACAGUUAUUGAGGAACCCCAAGGUGAGAAGGGAGACCUUGAUGAAAGUGGCUGUGAGAAUCCAGAUGAAGUGAUGGCUGAGUCUACAGCUGCCAAGAAACGAGGCCGGCCAAAGAAAAGUAAUGUUGUUAAUGGCGCUGCUGUGAAACCCCAAGGCGAGAAUGGAAACCUUGAUGAAGGUGCUAGUGAGAAUCCAGAUGAUGUGAAGGCUGAGUCUACACCUGCUAAAAAACGAGGGCGGCCAAAGAAGAGUAAUGCUGCUAAUGGUGCUGCUGUGACUCCUGUGUCUGCUGUCCGAACAAGAGGAAGCAAAUCCCGUAAAGUGGGUGAUGAUGGAAAUGGUUCGCCAUCCAGUCCUCUUCAGCUCAAGUAACUCUGAAUCCUCGGUUGGAGACUAAGAAGAGUGUUGAAUUCUCCCAAGUAACCCAGGUGAUGUUGAUGCGUUUGCCACUAUAAGAAGCUGUGCAGUGAAGGGCUGAUGUUCGGGCACACCACACCGCACCAGUGCUUUCAUUUGCUGUGAAGUAGGCAUGAGCUUUACCAAGUGCAUGAGUCUGCCCCCCUCUCCGGCUUCUCAUAUUCAUCGAACUCAAACCUUUUUUUAUGUACACUUCACAUUAACAUGUACUCCGUAUGUACUUAGUUCUUUGUGUACAGCUUUACUUUUAAAAACCCGAAUCUUUUGAACUUCGGUAGAGGAAAACUGUCUCCUGGAAUUCUAUCGAGUGUGGUGCUGAUAACAGUCAAGUUCAUAAGGGUGUGCUCAAGAAUGUUAAUAUUUGAGCUUGAGCAUAUAUGUAAAGUUCACGUACGGAGUAAUUAAGGUUUUAAAGUCUCAAAA